AUGGCCACCAUGGGAAUGUACCCGACUCGCCACUCUGUCUACGUUGGAAACAUCCCCUAUCAGACCACUGAGGAUGCAAUCGGAAAUCACUUCAGCCAAGCUGGAAACGUUACCAACGUGAGAAUCGUCUAUGACCGUGAAACUGGUCGCCCAAAGGGCUUUGGAUUCUGCGAGUUCUCUGAUGAAGCUGGAGCUCAAAAUGCAGUCAACACCCUCAAUGGAACGGAUUUCAAUGGCCGAUCACUUCGAGUGAACUACGCUAACAAGAACUGA